GCUGGGUCGCGCCGCCUGCGGUCCCCGGCCUCGUCCCCUCACUCUCCGCUGCGGAGCCACAAUGCCGCAGUACCAGACCUGGGAGGAGUUCAGUCGCGCGGCCGAGAAACUCUAUCUCGCCGACCCUAUGAAGGCCCGUGUGGUUCUCAAAUAUAGGCAUUCUGAUGGGAGUUUGUGUAUUAAAGUAACAGAUGAUUUAGUUUGUUUGGUGUAUAGAACAGACCAAGCCCAAGACGUAAAGAAGAUUGAGAAAUUCCACAGUCAACUAAUGCGACUUAUGGUAGCCAAGGAAUCCCGCAGUGUUGCCAUGGAAACGGACUGAAUGGUUUGAAAUGAAGAUCUGUCAUGUUCUUAGGAAGUAAAUCUCUUUUGAAUCUGAAAAAGUAUUGGGAAAGAGAAUACUUUAUGUAACUAAGUGGGCUCUUCAGAAAUGGGGAGAUGAUUUUUUUUGUACUUUUUUUUUUUAAUGUUUACUUUAGAGAGCUAGGAAUGUAAAUGCUUUCAGGUAGGAAACUUUUAUUUAUUUUUGGAAACUGAACAAAUACAUCUAUGUUGGGAAACCUUUUGCAGGUUGAUGUGGGACAAAAUAUGUAAUUAUUCUCUGGUAAAUUUGUAUCAGUAAUUUGAAAAUGAGAUACUAGUGAAAGGCAGUUCUUCCUUAAAUUUAGUUAAUCUGUCUUUGAAAGAAAAUUAAAUGUAACUAUUUUGCCAGAUUGAUAUAUUUCUGUGCUGAAAUCUGUGCUGUUGAUGACCUAUAAACAAAAUAUGGUAACUGGAAUUAAUCUGUGCACAGGAGCAUACAUAGACUCUGUAUGAUACAGUGUGUAGUCCCUGUUCUGUCUGAAAGUGAUCAUGGAGGGCGCCUGGGUGGCUCAGUGGGUUAAAGCCUCUGCCUUCAGCUCCCGUCUUGAUCCCAGGGCCCUGGGAUCUGGCUGCAUCAGGCCUCUGCUCGGUGGGGAGCCUGCUUCCCUUCCUCUCUCUGCCUACUUGUGAUCUCUGUCAAAUAAAUAAAUAAAAUCUUUAAAAAAAAAAUAAAAAGUAAUCAUAGAAACAGAUAAUGCUUUCCUUACCUAACACUUUACAAAUUUGAACUGUGUUUUUGAAUGUAAGGGAUUUGUAGUAUCCUUAGCUUGUGGAACAGAGACUUGCUUUGAAUCUAGUUUUCAGUGCUCGGAAACAACUGCAGUUAUUUUAAGUGCAUGAACAGAGUGAUCACUAGUGGACUGAAAACAACGUAUUACACAAGUAUUUGUCACAGAUUUCAUCUACAUUUUCCUGGAAGGGCUAAAGAUUAUUCAAACUGUUAAAUCUUUGCAUGUGUCUGUGCCUGCCCCCACCCCACCCCCACUCGUUUCUCUCUGUAUUUAACCAAGGUGUUAAGCCUGACUGUCAUAGCUGUUAUGUUUUCCAUUAGGCCAGAAGGAUAUUAUUUGAUAUUUAUCAUAUCGUAACCUUAAUUUUACCAUCUAAAUGUUCACAUGUUGCUUCCUACAUUACAGUAUUUUUUUGUUAGGAAUUUGUCAUGUUGAGCAGCAUUUUAAUGUGGAAAAUUCCAUUAGCCAUAUGCAUUUUUGCAUGUUUCAGAGAAUUAAGUAAAAUAUUACAUGAAUAUAUCGUUUCUGUUGAAGUUUUUAAGUUCUCAAGAAUAUACUGUAUUCAUUUAGUCUAAAAUGAGCCUGAUGAUGCUGUAAGUAAAUUUUGUUUGUUGUUUUGUUUGUUGGUACUUUUUAUUACAUGACUUUCUCUGAAGAUGUAUGUUGAUGGCAAGGUUGUUUUCUUCAUUAAGAGGAGUAACGUCGAAUAGUAAAGGGUAUUUGGGGUUUGGGGUUGUGUCCCUACCCCCCGCCCCUGAAUCAGUGGGAUCACUGGAGGAAUUUUUGGCCUUUUUCUUUUUCAUUUACGCCUUCUACUUAUUAACACUACUUUAUAUAAAUAACCUGGAAGGGUGAGACUGGGAUUGGGAUUCCUCGGGUCCUUAGAACUUACAACUUAUAGCAGAGGGCGAAAGGCAGAUAGCCCGUGUUACAGUAUUGGCUGUGCUACUUCCUGACUCCGUGGUCUGGAUACUUCUCUGAGCCCGUUUCCUUCUCUGGAAAUUGGGCAGUACUUCUAGGACUUGAGAAUCAAAUGGUAGAGCCUAUCUAGGUCAAUAAAUAGUAGCUGCUAGCAGUAGUAAUUGUAUUUUUUUCAGGGGAAUAGGUGUACGUGGCUCUUAAAGCUUAUUUCAUAAUUUUAAUUGAAGGAUUAUUUAGAAAUAACAUCUGCUUUUUCUGCUGAGAGCUGUAUCUUUUAUUAAAUGUCAUUUUUGGCAGUUGGGGAGCAAAACAGGACCGUCCCCAUAGAGAGUGUUCUUAUGUGGGAAGAAACUGAAAUCCUUAAAUCUAAAACUUCUGUUUGUUUGCACAAAAUAAAAUUAUUAAGAUAA